AUGCCGCAAAUGCGUCUUAGUGCCGAAAAGAGGAUGAGGAAGCACCUCCUCGAGCAGCUCAAAGCUCGUAAGGUCCUCGGUGCCCGCAUCGCUCAGGGAUACAAGACAAAGAAGGAUUUACAAGAGUUGAACUUGGCUCCCCAGGUUUUCAUGUUCAAGAACCUCUUUCUGGGCCAGGUCAUGUACUCUCAGGUGCCAGCGUACCAUCAAGAUCAAAUCAACGCUCUGUUCACCCGUCCCAACUGGGAAAACAGAAAACCAGCUAGAAGAAACGACCACUGGAGACUUAUGGCUGUGGCCUCUUUUGCCAACUACGAGUACGCCGUCGCCGCUUACAACGGUUUGUUAAAAUUGAGACAAGUCAGAGAUGUCCACAAGGCCAGCGAGGCCAAGCUGAUGAGAAGAAAGAACGAGGACGGAAACACAUGGUACUCUGGCCAGUACAGACCGACCCACCAGCAGGAAGCUGCUGCCGACUUGGCACACGUUAUUGAUGAAUUCGAGUUGGAAAACACAAAGAUCGCCUGGGAGAAUAUCUGGAGAAAAGGAGACGACUCGCACUGGAGAAUGGACUUGAUUGAACACGACACCUUGCCUGCGUUCACGCCCAAGUUCCAGAGUGUGGUGCUUGACGAGAUGAGAAAGAAGGGCCUUGAUUUUGUCAAGGAGUUGAGGAGCACGGCCGCUGAGGCCCCACAGGCCACCGAGGCCCAGGCUGACGCCACAGCAUAG